GGAAGGAAUACAUUCUCGGGAGGAAAAACAUAAUGACAAAAAGCUUAAAAUAUUAGAACAGUCUCGAGAAGAACUACUGAAAUAUUGUAACGAACUGGAAAACACCUUAGUUCUUGUAAAUCAGGGUUUCGAAAAAUCCAAUAUAGUUACUAGAAACAUCGACAAAGAAGAUGACCCUAACUUGAAAGUAGAAGAUAUUCAUUCAGAUGAAGAAUCAAGUGGCAGAAAAAGUCAAACAAUCACUUUAGAAAAACCACAAGUAUUAAAACCAAAUCAAAUUCCAAAUGGAAAAAAUCAUGUUACCGACAAUAAAAUGGAGGUAAAACCCGGGAAAUUAAGUGUAAAUGAAGCAAACCAAAAAGUUGGAAAAACCAACAUCUCUAUACAAACUGAAAAUUCGGUAGUUCAGAAAGAAGCUAAAUUAAUACAAACAGAAAGAGACCAAGAUAAUGCCGAUUUAAAGAAAAAAAAUGCUAGUAUUAAAACCGAAAAUGAUAAACUUAAAAAGGAGCUUAACGAUGCAAUUGCCUUGGCUAAUCGACAUAUUGAUGACAUAAAUAAAAUUCAUGCUGAGCAAAUCAGUAUGAAAAGUAAAAUUGAAAAUCUUAUUGAGUCCAACCACCAGAAAGAUUUGUCAAAUGAAAGACUUCGCGCGACGAUUGAAGAAUUAAAACGACAGAAUGACGAUUUUAGAUCUGUCCAAGUGGCACAGCGUAAUAAAUUAAGAGAUGCAGCAAACGAAGAAAAUAAAUCGUUAUUACAUGCCAUUAAGCAAUUGGAGAGCGACAAAGAUAGUAUUGUGUCCGAAUACCAAGAAUUGCUGCAAAUUGAAAGAAAUGACUAUUCAAAAUCUAUGAAAGAGUUAAAUACCAAAAUAUUAGAACUGCAACAUAAACUAGACAGAAAGGAUAGUGCUACUAAUUCAUCCAACGCAGAAGCCGUGAAGGAAGUCAUCAGCAAAUAUACGAGAAAAAUAGCAAUUCUUGAAGAUAAGUGUUUCAAAGCGCAAAGUGAACUGGAGAGUCGCAGAACGGAAUUGGUGACGUAUCAAAGUGAAUUGGAUCGGUGGAAGGAUUUAGCUAACGAGAGACUGGCUAAGAUGGAACAACUCAACUCUCAACUAGAAGAACGGCAUAGUCACGAGGUAGAGUCUUACAAAGCAGAAAAUCAGCACUGGCUGUCGCAAUUGAAUGAAACUCAACGUGAACAUUUAGAAUUGCGUUCAAGAUUAACGGAACAGAAGGCUUCUUACGUCAAACAACUUUCUGAUAAAGAUUCCAUAAUUGAACAACUUCGCUCGGCAGUUCACAACUUGAAGACUCAAAUCAUAAGUAUGCAAACUAUGAUAUCAGUGAAUGAUCCCAGCUUUGACCUCUCCGCUAUCGUGGAGGUGGAUGAAAGUAGUGACAUGAUCUCGCACCAUGGCUCUGAAAGACUGGAAUUAAAAUUUGACUCCACUAUUGACUUACGCGAAAUGGAUGAUGUUAUACGGAUGCCUGCCUCGUCUACAGCAAUUUGGCAAGAACCAGUAAUAGAAAGACUUCGACAAGAAAAGCAGUUUACGAGCAAACAGAACGCUAUACUCCGGAGACAAAUAAAGGCUUUAGCAGCCCGAGAGAGACGCGCUCGGCUCGACGCACAGAACUUGAAGAAUCAAGUGUUUAGAAUAAGCACAUCUGGCAGCAAGGCAGUGACAGCCGAGUCAGCAGCUCUCCAAAGUAAAAUUGCUUCCCUCCAAGCUCAACUUACCAGCGCGAGACGGGACUCAAGUUCUUCUAUUGCUUUAUGGGAUAAGUGGAAGAGAGCGCAACAAACAUCUGAACGUUGCCAAGCACGCUACGAGGAAAAAUGUCAAGAAGUCAAAAAGUUGGAAGGUAGUCUUAAUCUAGCAAAGUCAGCUGUUGCCAGGCUGGAGAAGGAGAAACGUUUACUGCUUUCGAGGCUUACUGAAGUGAAACAUGAAAAGCAACUGUCUAUAGAGAAGCAAGACAGUGAGGCACUAGAGAAAUCUUACCGUCAGAGCGAGCGAGACAGCAUGCAGUCACCGCCUCCCGUGUCUGCGCGCGCGCUUCUUGACCGAGUCCAAGCGCAGCAACGGCGCAUUGCGGCACUUGAGGUCGCAGAAAAGGGAAAUGAACUUCUAGUAUCAGAGUAUGAAAGAUCACUGGCUGAAAUAACAUCCUUGAAGGGGCAGGUACUGAAACUUGAAUCGACUCUGCUAGAGUCACAGAUUCGAACUCCCCUUCAGUCAACACACGAUGCUCAGCCAGAGGUCGACUAUUGGAAAAGUUACUGCGAAAUGCUGAAAGAAGAGAAUGUACAACUCAAUAUGCGAGUAAACGCUCUAGAGACAUCUCCGACUACCGCCAACCAUCAUCGAGUGAACGAUUUAGAGCAAACCGUGCUUACUCUAAGAGGACUUGUCAGUAAAUUACAAGCGGAGCAAAGAUCGGGUACUCAAAAACGCAUCGACUCUAGGCCGAGCAGUGGGAAGAGCAAUGCAAGUGUCACAGAAAAGAGUCGAAAACAAGUAGAGUCGCACCGCAUAGAGAUAGCGAACCUCAAACGGAGUCUGCAAGACAAAGACUUGCUUCUAGAGAGGUCUAAGGAGAUGCUGAAAAUUGCAGCUGAAAGGGAAGACGAGUUGCUGAGAGAGAAUGCCUAUCUACGUCGCCAGUUAGAUGAACUUACCAGGCACAAAGCUGGAUUUCUGUCUGCAUAAUAUGAUUUUUUUAUCCCUAGUUCUUAGUUUUAAAUGGUUAAUUAAGCGCUAACAGAAUAAGAUCUUAAUCUAAGUUUCAAUCUUAAAUAAAACACCAUUUCUAAAAGA